AUGGGUAAUGAAAUUCAUACUAUGGCACCAAAGCAUUUUGAACUUUUUAGAAACAGUGAUCAUACCAACUUAGAGCAUCAAAACCGCUCCGCCGCCGCUCCGGUCCCAGUCCGGCUGCAGAGCGAAUUGGAGAGGAUGGCACCUCCUGCUUCCCGGGGGGCGGAAGGAGCGCCAGCGCCUAAGACGGGACGUCCCGGGUUUGCAGUGACGGCGGAGUCACCCAUCCCAGCAGCCUCACCUUCUUGGAGCGCUGGUCCCUCCCCUUGGACUGAAACCCCAGGGGCCGCCGCACCGGGUGGGCGGGACCGACUACUCCCGGAUCCGCGGCUGGAGCUGCGUGCCAGGCGGGGCCGUGCGGAGCGGCUGAGUGCAGAGCGGAACACCAGGCACCUAUCGGGCCGGACUCCGGGCCGCACCCGAGCGGGCCGGGCAGCAGUGGGCGCUCGCGGUCCUCCUCUGCCCAACGCGCUCUCCCUCCGGGCCCGGCCUCCUCCGUCCCCUCCUUUUGCUCCUGCUCCUCCUCCCGCUCCUCCCCUCCUUGGGAUUGAGCACCAAAACGCCCGCCUGCAAGGUCCUCUGCUCGCUGGCAGCCAGGAGUCGCCGCCACGACCGCCGAGUCUCAGUGGGUGCCUGCGCCUUCUCCCCGCCCGCCUGCCCCGGGCCAUCCAGAAACUUGCUCCACCCGCCGAGGGUGCUCGGCAGUGCUGCCCAUGGCCCAGCCCAGGAGCCUAUUUAGGGCGCCGGACGGGCUGGACGGAGGCGCGGCUCAGCAGAGUCGGGAGGUUCGCUUCUGCCGGCCGCUUCGCGACCGCAGCUUCACCAUAGGACCCUGCAGGGCAGCGAGAGCGCAGCACUCAACGGAGCGUGGGUACCACCUGGGGCCAGAAACUGGGGCGAGGACACAGCCCACAAAAGUAACUCGGCCGAGGCAGCCUUUGGGAGUGGAGAAGCCUUGAUCGGGUUUGCCUUUGCAUUUGGUUGGAGAUAGGCAUCUCCCAAGGAGAGAGGUUGAGGUGACAGCCCUGACAAUAAACCUCUCAUCCCCAAUGCCAAUUACA